CUGGUCAAAAUUGAACUUGACACAAGAUGUAACCAGGAAGAGAAGGAACAUGAUAACGGAACCAGAACAUAACACAAGUGAGAGCAGAAAGACCACGAUGAGUGACCAGGAUGGAGAUACUUCAGAUUCGGUCGAGUAUGAAUUUGCCAUUGACAACGAUCCAAACACUGUAUACCAAGUGAAAAAGAGCAAAAUCACGAAUGGUGAAAUCACACAGAUGGUGCUUGAUGAUGAUUCUGACCCUCACAUUGAGAUAGUAGAGCAACCUCAGCCUCGUGGAUUCCGAUUCCGUUAUGAAUGUGAGGGUCCAUCUCAUGGAGGUCUGCAGGGAGAGAAAAGUGAAAAGUAUCGUAAAACUUACCCUGCUAUCAAGAUCAAGAACUACAACGGACCUGCCCGUGUGGUGGUAACCUUGGUAACAGACGAGGUCAUACCUCGCCCACAUGCACAUAAAUUGGUGGGAAGAAACUGUAAUGAAGGAACUUGUAUUGUAGAAUUAAAGGGAGGACAAAACUCUCUAACGUUUCCAAACCUAUGUGUCCAACAUGUAACCAGACGGAAGGCAUCAGAGGUGAUCGAACAGAGAAUUCUAGAAUCCAUUAAACUUGACAAACUUGUGAAACUGGGCGACCUCAACGCCCAAGCAGAACUUACAAUGGAGGAUUUGAAGCAGGCUAAGACUCAGGCAGAGAAGUUAGCCAAGGAGAUGCAGCUGAAUGUGGUAAAGCUGUGUUUCCAGGCCUACCUUCGUGAUGAGACUGGAAUGUUUAGUCGUCUCCUUCCUUCUAUUCUUUCCAAUCCGAUAUAUGAUAGCAAGUCGCCAGGAGCCAAUGCCCUCAAAAUCUGCCGUAUGGAUAAAUAUGGUGGAUGUUGUACUGGUAAUGAGGAAGUGUUCCUGUUGUGUGAGAAAGUACAGAAAGAUGACAUCUCUGUGAGAUUUGUUGAGCAAGACGAAGAUGGUAAUGUGACAUGGGAAGCAUACGGGUCAUUUGGGCCUUUUGAUGUCCACAGACAGUAUGCCAUAGUGUUUAAAACGCCACCUUACAAAGAUCCAGCCAUUGACAGAGCUGUCAAUGUGCUCAUUAUGUUACAACGCAAGUCAGAUUCAGAGAGCAGUGAUCCAAAAUCUUUCACCUACUACCCUCAGAACAUCGAUAUGGAUGACAUUCGUAAGAAAAGGAAGAAAACACUGCCCAUAUAUCCUGGGAGUGGCAACUUUGGCUCCGGUGGUGGUGGCAGUAAACAACCAGGAGGUGGUGGCAACUUCUUUGGCACAGUCAAUGGAAACUCCAUGUCAGAAAGUCAAGGAAACAUGCCAACAACGGUCAACCAGGAUGAUGAUGCUCCUGCGCCAUCUCAUAGAAAUAUUACCAAAGCAGUGCGGCGCCAUGCUGUGAAACAACACAACACACAUCAAGACCUAGAGACUGAUACUCCACCAGCUGUAAAACUACCAUGUCAGUCCCUGAAUCAGACUGUCGACCCUUUCUUCACCAAUCAGCAACUGUCCCAGCCUACUAUACCACAGAGCAUGCCCAUCGGUAUACCCCAAACCACAGCCUAUAGCACCCCUGUUAAUACAAACUUAACCCCAUCUCAGACACUGUAUAUGCCUAACAUUGCUACUGUUCCACAAACCUCAGCCCAAAAUACAUAUACGGCUACCUCACACAAUAACCAAAUGGGGUUGUCUCGAAAUCAUCAUAUAUCGAUGCCUCCUUACCUGCAACAGAUUCCAGAACUACAGACCAUGUACGACAAUACCCAGUACCAGGGCCAGAUCCUUCUGGCCCCAACCAAUAUGUAUAUGAACCCAAAUCUAAUGACAAGAGGCACUGAGAAAGAGAUUUCGCCGAUUUCAAGCAUUCCAUUAACUGUCAAUGAAGACAGAGAUAUACUAGAAAAAUAUUCCGAUCAGAUUCCACUGACCGUGAGUGGGGAAUUUGGGACAUGUCCACCACAGAUUCCACUGACCGUUAGUGGACAUGAUAUGGUUGACGGUCCAGUCAAGAUGGAGAGCAAAGUAGUACAUCAACCCAUACAACAUGUGCGCAAAAUCCACAGUGAUCCUGGUUCCCAUGCUGUUAAAAAUGAUGUGUCUGUCCAGACUGAGUCGGACCAUGCCUUGAAGAUGGCAGAAAGGACAGCCAAAGCUAUACAACUAUAUGCAGCCACAGGAGAUAUUCGCCAGCUUCUUACAGUACAGCGAUAUCUCACCUGUAUUGCUGAUGAGGACGGUGAUAUACCUCUUCACACCUGCAUCAUUAAUCAUCAGCUGGAGGUAGUCCACAACCUGCUGGAUGUCAUGGCAACUUUACCUAAUGCCCAGUCAAAGAUAAAUGUCCAUAACAGGAGGUUACAGACACCAUUACACCUAGCUGUGAUAACUGGCCAGGAAGGUGUGGUUGAUGCUCUACUUAAGACGGGGGCAGAGCCUACUGUACUGGAUCGACAUGGUAACACAGCAGCCCACUUAGCCUCUCUUUACAAAAAGGACAAAUGUCUUGCAGCAAUGCUUAAAUACAUCCGACCUCGGGUCAGCAGGCAGCGACCUUUCCCGGAACUGGACAUCAAGAAUAUUGAUGGUUUGACCCCUAUACACAUUUCGGCCCAGAAGGAGGACUUGACAUCCAUAAAGCUGUUGGUUAAGGGUAAAGCCGAUGUGAACAUGGCUGAUGGUAAAAGUGGUCGGACAGCUCUCCACUAUGCAGCAGGCAACGAUGACCUUUCUACGGCUGGCUGGCUACUACUGGAGGCUAAAGCUGCAGUCAAUGCUACAUGUUUUGAUGGUAACACAGCACUGCAUGUGGCUUGUGGGCGACAAAACAUCGGAAUGGUUGCCCUCCUGAUGGCAGCAGGGGCUGACCCAAAGGUUGAGAACAUGGACUACGAAGAUGAGGGUUCAGAGAAUGAAAAUGAGGAUGAGAAGGACAAAGAUGAGAUGAUAAUGAAAGAGAAAAGUCAACGGGGUCGUACAGCGGAGGACUUUGCAAUGGACAAUGAUAAGAUUCUUAAGGUGUUGUAUGGACACCCAUACACCAGUAUGAGUGAGAUACAUGAGGAAGCAGACAAUAGGGAAUAUGAGCAGACAGCUGAAAUGUUCACCUCCCUGUCCCUUGUGAAGGGUGAACGGGAGGAGACUGGGCUCAGUAGUAUAGGUCCCAUAACAGAGGGUGGUGAUAUGGCCAGCGUCUUGUACCCCCAGAGGGUGAAGCUCUCACAACUUCUGGACCCUGCAAGGGAUGGACAGGACUGGCGUGCCCUGGCAGAUAGACUUGGAUUCAGGAAACUCAUUUCAGGCAGCCAGAAAGGCCAUAGCCCAACCCGCAUCCUUUUCAAUUACUAUGAGGAAUGUGGUGGAACAGUGAAGCGACUGAAGGAUGCUCUGAUGGCUAUACACAGAACAGACGCUGUCAAACUUUUAUCUCACCCUGAUUCUGUAGUAACAGAUGCCCACAAGGAGAAAAACAUAUCACAUGAGGGCAGCCUCAUCGACUCUGGACUGGAAUCACAAAGCCUUGCUGUACAUACUUCAACAUAACUCAUAGAAAUAUGUUUUACCCAUCAUACUAUUUAGGAUGUGAUCAUUGAGGAGUGCUAGUUGCCCAUUGUACUAUUAAGGAGGUGAUUGUUGAAGAAUGCUGCUGUGUUAAUCACAGCUUCCUCUUACUGUAUACAGUAGUGCUAGCAAUGACUAUGUAUACUUGGAAGUGAUCAGAAACACGAAAUUGGCAUGGAUGUUUACAAGGUCAUGUUUUUUGUUGGAUUCAGCACAUACAGUCAAGUGUGUAUAUAUAUUGUUCAUUGUCUCACAAGGGUAUGCAGAACGUUAUGAUCUUUUGUGAAGGUGUACAAGAGAUUCAAUUUCAUUCUGUUAGAUGGAAGUUAUCACUUCUGUAAAUGCUCCUCCAUGUUUUAGUACCAACACAUAUCUGUACAUUAUAGUUGAACUGUUGCAUGUGAAAAUAUUUUCAUUUUUUUGCUUCUCCUUACCGAUUAAAUUACUCUUGGGUUAAUGAUUAAAAAGUGUAUGUGCAUCAUGAAAUAAUGCUCUCACAUAUAGAUUUAAUGCUUUUAUUAAAAUAUAUCAAUACUUGGGAAUAUCCGACUUUUUAUCUGUUUAAAUAUCUUUAAAUACUGUAUUUUUUUUUUUUUAUUGUUAUUUUUUUUAUUAUUAUUUUUUUUUUCUGACGAGUCAUAGGUUUCUAAAAUAGAUAAGAUAUAUUCCAAUUCCAUGGUAAUUUGUAUACAUUGUAUAUGUGUAUCUCUCAUCAAUUCCAGAUUGGUAUGAUAACAAAUAUUAAGGUCAUUUCAGUCAUUUCCAUUUUGGAAAAACUUAAUUAUUCUUUUAACUAGUUCAAAUAAAUGAAGCAAAACAAACCUAACAUAGCUUUAUUUUAAUUGUAGUCUAUUUUGAGGACACAUUUUCGUAUUGUUAUCAUGCUGUAUAGGUGUGAAUAGUCACACAGUAUUGAUCUUAUUGUGAUCUUAUUUUGUACGUUACAAGCUCGAUUUACAUGAAUCAUCCAUUCAAACAUAGACAUUUAAAAAAGAAAACAUACAGAAAAUUUAAAAGAAUCUUUAAUGACUUGAAUAUAAACCAAUAAACGAUAAAAUAGCCCAGAAAGAAUGGAGCAGUUAAUGUAUCUAUCAUUGUAAGUAAGCACAUUUAUACAGCAGUUCUGGGAUUUGUCAGGAUGUAGUAAAUGGCAUGAUGUUGUUCUACAACUAACUGUAGGUAUAAGAAAUAUAAGUAUUUUGAUGAUUUUCCUAAUGUCUGUAUAUUAUGUAGGGCACCAGAUAUUUACACAUGAAAUAAUAUCUUGCAAUGCAGAACACGAUAUCACGAUAAUUAUUGUAAUAUACAGCUUACUUAAUGAUUUGUUUGGUCAUAGCUACUGCAUCUGCAGUGAUUUAGUAAAACCAAGAAUUUCCACAUAGAGAGUUUGCAGUGUGAAUUUGAAAGUUGAAAGUGACUACCGUAUCAUAUGUAAAUUUACAGGUUUGAAAUUUAUAUAUAUUUAGACAUAGUUUGGGUGAAAAGAUAUCGUGAAAUAACCUGUAAAUGGUAUUACCCUGCAUUUGAUUUUAUUUUUAAGAAAAAAAUGUAUCGCACAUCACCUGAUUAGAUCAAAAGACUAUUUUUGAGAAAGUUACAUAAGACAGAUUGGAAGAUACCUGCCCAACAGCAAGAUUAUAAUGUCAGAAAAUGAAGAAGGACUGUAACCCCUGACCACAAGCAAGGUACUGGAUUAGGGAAACUACCAAUGCAUUACCAACAUGGAAAUAUUAUUCUUUAAAUCAAGAAUUUUCAAUGUAUGUAAGCUAGAAAUUAUGCCUAAUACAUUGUUAUGAAUUUGAUUGUUCUGGAAAGAAAAGUAUUGGAUGUAAAUUUAUUCAAUACUGCAAGUUAUGACUUCUGUCCCAUACAGAAAAGCGUGAGAGUAUUGUCUACACUGGCUCGAGUCCUACUCUUCUCUUCCUGUAUUAGUGCUUUCAAUUACUUUAAAUGGGGAAAAAUUUAUGUCUGCCUGAUUGUUGGAUAGCAAUAUCAAACAAGGGUGGUGAUUCUGCCUUUUAGGUAUUUUAGUCAGAUCGGUUUAUUGGCUUUAACAAUGAACCAUAAUCCAUUAUUUCAAUGAAUAGUGAUAUUAAGUCAUGUAUUGCAACCUAUUAUCAAUACUAUUGGAAUUUUUUUUGUCCGUUGAAUUGCCCAAAUGUUGAGAUAUUCAGUGAAAUCAUGUAUGUUUUCUUUACAGUUCAAGAAAGGUUUACAUGUUAGUAACUUUUGUCCUUUGGAAACUUACUGAAAUACAUUGUUACUUUUAUUUCAUUCAGAUGUACAGAAUGGUACUAUAAAAAAAAUGACUGUUAAUAUGUAUAUACUUGUAUUUUUAAACACAAAUAAUUGUUAUGGUUUGAAAACUUUUAUCAUCUACAUACUGAAAAGAAAUGAUGUAUGUGUGAAAUAAAUACCAGUGAUGGUAAUAAAAUUACAUAAGAUUUUCGAA